CGGCGGUGCCGGCCUGUCGGUAAUCCCAAGAUUGCUGGUGACCGAAGAAAAGCUGUGCUGAUCAGAAACAAAGACAGAUGACUCACAGAGAAACAAGAUGGCGGGACAAAGGACAGCUAAAGCCGCCCCAGGCUCUGCACUGCUGGUGACUGAGCUGGCCUGCUGAAGGACAUGAUUCAGACUGUCCCGGACCCAGCAGCUCAUAUCAAGGAGGCGUUAUCAGUUGUGAGCGAGGACCAGUCGCUAUUCGAGUGUGCCUACGGAACGCCACACCUGGCGAAGACGGAGAUGACCGCAUCCUCUUCCAGUGACUAUGGCCAGACCUCCAAGAUGAGCCCACGGGUCCCCCAACAGGACUGGCUGUCUCAACCCCCAGCUAGGGUCACCAUCAAGAUGGAGUGCAACCCUAGCCAGGUGAACGGCUCCAGGAACUCACCCGAUGAAUGCAGCGUUGCCAAAAGUGGGAAGAUGGUGGGCAGCCCCGACACCGUGGGGAUGAGCUACGGCAGCUACAUGGAGGAGAAGCACAUGCCGCCCCCCAACAUGACCACGAAUGAGCGCAGGGUGAUCGUCCCAGCAGAUCCGACGCUAUGGAGCACAGACCAUGUCCGGCAGUGGCUGGAGUGGGCGGUGAAGGAGUACGGCCUUCCAGACGUGGACGUCUUAUUGUUCCAGAAUAUCGACGGCAAGGAGCUGUGCAAGAUGACCAAAGACGACUUCCAGAGGCUCACUCCGAGCUACAACGCAGACAUUCUUCUCUCACACCUCCACUACCUCAGAGAGACUCCUCUUCCACAUUUGACUUCCGAUGAUGUUGAUAAGGCCUUACAAAACUCUCCGCGGUUAAUGCAUGCUAGAAACACAGGGGGUGCGGCUUUUAUUUUCCCCAAUACUUCAGUAUAUCCCGAAGCUACGCAAAGAAUUCCAACUAGGCCAGAUCUACCUUAUGAGCCUCCCAGGAGAUCAGCCUGGACCAGCCAUGGCCACCCCACCCCUCAGUCCAAAGCUGCUCAGCCAUCUCCUUCCACAGUGCCCAAAACUGAAGACCAGCGUCCUCAACUAGAUCCUUAUCAGAUCCUGGGACCCACCAGUAGCCGCCUUGCUAAUCCAGGCAGUGGCCAGAUUCAGCUGUGGCAGUUUCUGCUGGAGCUCCUGUCCGACAGCUCGAACUCCAACUGCAUCACCUGGGAAGGCACCAAUGGGGAGUUCAAGAUGACAGACCCUGACGAGGUGGCCCGGCGUUGGGGUGAGCGGAAGAGCAAACCCAACAUGAACUACGAUAAACUCAGCCGCGCCCUCCGCUACUACUACGACAAGAACAUCAUGACCAAAGUCCACGGGAAGCGCUACGCCUACAAGUUUGACUUCCACGGCAUUGCCCAGGCCCUCCAGCCUCACCCCCCCGAGUCGUCUCUGUAUAAGUACCCCUCCGACCUCCCAUAUAUGGGCUCCUACCACGCCCACCCCCAGAAGAUGAACUUCGUGGCUCCCCACCCGCCAGCCCUCCCCGUCACAUCUUCCAGUUUCUUUGCUGCCCCAAACCCAUACUGGAAUUCACCGACUGGGGGUAUCUACCCAAACACGCGGCUCCCAGCCAGCCACAUGCCUUCUCACCUAGGCACUUAUUACUAGAGACCAGAUGGAGGCCUUUGCCGGCAAUGUACACUCACCCACCAAUUUCCACAAACUCUUAUCAGACAACACAAAUCAAAAGUGCCUCGAGAGGAAAUGGAAAGGCUUGUCUGGAACGGGAGGAGGAGGUGAGGGAAGAGACCCAAAGACGCAUAGUGGAAGGCAUUCACCAAGUAUUACCGCAGAAACAACGCGGAGGCUCAAAGCGUAAUGCACAUGGACAUUUAACCUGGGGUCCCACCUUGUCAAAGACCUUGUGUGCAGUCAUAAGGACAACUGCCAAAGAAAGUGGCCUUAAAUCAUCUAUAAACUGUAGCGUUUGGAGCCCUGAUAACGGGAUUCAACGAAAGCAAUAGGGGUUAACAGUCUUGGCCUAACACACCAUUUGUAAUGUCAUUUUCCAGGAAAACUACCUGUAUUUAAAAAUAAACAUAUCAAAAGUGAACCAAAACAGGACGAGAGAAAGAAGAGAGCCAAUGGCCCCCUCUGCGGACACAGCUUAUGGAAUUCCGUGGAUUUUUUUUUUUUUUU